AUGCCUUUACGACUCAGAGCUUCCUCUCAACCUGGGCGAUCCGGAGUGCUCCUCAACCCCAAAGUUACGGCGGUUUUGCGUCCCCGAGCUUUGACCUCCAGCUCCCGCUCGGCUGUGGAGGACCAGCUGUCCUGUCCCGUGUGUUGCGAGAUCUUUGCCGACCCCGUGGUGCUCCGCUGCAGCCACAGCUUCUGCCGCACCUGCCUGAACCAGUUCUGGAGCAGGAAAUCGGCCAAGCGUGAGUGUCCAGUGUGCAGAAAGAGGUGUUCGCUUACCGAGCCCACGGUCAGCCUGGUGCUCAAGAACGUCUGUGAGACCCUCGUGCAGGAGCAGAAGGGCCUGAACACACCACCCUCGUCCCCUAACGUUUCGGCCAGGCCGUUAGAUCUGUGCCCGACACACCGAGAGCCGCUCAAACUCUUCUGCCACAAUGAUGAGGAGCUGCUGUGCUGCGUAUGUCAUACUUCUAAAAAGCACCAGGGCCAUCGGGUGUGUCCCAUUGAGGAAGCUGCACAUGAUCUGAAGGCGGAAAUGAAGAAAGAACUUGUACCAAUAAAGAAAAGUCUUCGUCGUCUUUACGAGGCCAAACAGGAGCAUGAUGACAUCUCAGUACACAUUAAGAACCAAAGGGAAGAGGCAGAGAAACAGAUCAGAGAAGAGUUUGCAGAGAUCAGACAGUUCUUGGAUAAAGAAGAGUCAGCAAGGAUGGCUCUGUUGGAUGAUGAAGAGGAGGAGAAGAAGGAACUAAUGAAGAAAAAGACUGACAACAUAACACGUGAUAUUCUAACUUACACCCAUGCUAUCAAAUCCGUUGAAGACGAGAUCACCAACAGUGACUGUGUGUUUCUGCAGCACUACAAGAAUAUUAAAAAAAGGACAAAGCUAACCUUUACUGAACCAAAGAAAGUUUCAGCCGCUCUGAUCAACGUGGCUAAGCAUGUCAGCUCUCUGAAGUUCAUUGUUUGGGAGAAGAUGCAGUCUAUGGUGGAAUACACCCCUGUGACUUUGGACGCCAACACUGCCUACCCAUGUCUGUCACUGACCAGAAACUUGACCGGUGUGAGCAACACUGGCAUAAUGAAGAAGCUUCCUGACAAUCCAGAACGCUUCGAUCACUUUGUCUUUGUGCUGGGCUCAGAGGGUUUCGAUUCAGGGCGCCAUGCAUGGGAGGUGGAGGUCAAAGACAACAAUGACUGGGUGAUUGGUGUGGUGAAGGAGUCCAUAUCUAGAAAGGGCAAAGUCUCGGGAGGCCCGGAAGCAGGCUUUUGGACCAUCGCUUUGUCGGAUGGCGUUUACACGGCUAUGACGGCUCCGCCAAAGCACCUGAAGCUGAGCGGCCAUAUUGAGAGGGUGAGGGUAAAGCUGGACUACGAGGCUGGAGAGGUGAGCUUCACUAAUCCGUUAGACCUGACACCCCUCUAUACCUUCAAUGAUCGCUUCACAGGGAGGAUGUUCCCAUUCUUCUGCCCCGGCGCCAAUAUCAACAGCAGCAACCCCGGCCCUCUGAAAAUCUGCCCUGUUAAAGUGGCUGUGUGGAACAGCGCCAUCUGGUGACAGCAAAAUUAAAUACACUGCAUAUGUAAAAUGUUUAAUUCUGGUGGUGGUGAUGAAUUUGUGUAAAAGCAUGUGCCUAAUUUAC